UCAAAAAAAAAAAAAAAACAUUUGCAUGUUGGCAUAUCGGGCCGCCUUGAUAGUAUUAAAGGUAAAUGACUAUAGAUCCGCUUAUCUUGAAUCCCUGAUUCGUCGUCAUCCUUGGUAGAUCUUAAUUAGAGAAGGGAAAGAGAGAUCGAUCUUAAGGUGUGAAGAGUUAAAUAUGGCGUUGAAGUUUCUGAACAAGAAGGGAUGGCAUACGGGAAGCCUGAGGAAUAUAGAGAACGUUUGGAAGGCGGAGCAGAAGCAUGAGGCUGAGCAGAAGAAAUUGGAAGAGCUUCGUAAGCAGAUUCAGGACGAACGUGAGCGUUCCGAGUUUCGCCUUCUCCAGGAACAAGCCGGUCUCGUGCCGAGGCAGGAGAGGUUGGAAUUUCUUUACGAUUCGGGAUUAGCUGUAGGAAAGGGGAGCUCUAGUUCUGCUGGAGGAUCGGGAGUAGCCUUUCAGGCGCUUGAAGAAGCUGUUCCCACCCCGAACAAGACCCCCAACGCAUCAUCCUCUUCGCAUCCGUCUGUUCCAGGUGCCUUAUUCGAGGACAAGCCUCAUUCUGCGAACGAUGCUUGGAGGAAACUCCAUUCUGAUCCAUUGCUUUUGAUUCGCCAGCGGGAGCAAGAAGCUCUUGCCCGCAUCAAGAACAAUCCCGUCCAAAUGUCCCUCAUUCGCAAAUCGGUUGAAGUAACGAAAGAGGAGAAGGCUCAAAAUAAGAAGGAACGCCGAAAAAAGCACAGCCGUGGCAGUUCAAAGCAUCCCAAGCAUUCAUCAUCCACAGAACAAUCAGAUUCAGAAGAUGUUCACGAUGAAAUGGAGAAGACCAGAAAUAUUAGCAAUCAUAAGAGGUCUAAAUAUAAUGAUGAUUACUCUAAAGCACGAGUAGUUUUGGAUGACAAAUCAAGUAAAAGGGAAAGUCAAAAAAGAGAGAAUAGCAACAGGGGUUCCAGCUACAAGGAUCUGUCUCCCAGUAGCUUCUCAGACCUCAAAGCUGCAAAAAAUGAUGGUCAAGAUGCUGUCAAGAAGAAACAUGACAAGUUUAAGAGUGAGAAGCAUUCUAUAGAAGCCCAGAUAGAUCCAGAUGGUCAUAGAAGGGGAAGGGUACACAGGAGUUUUACCGAUAAACAUGAAAGGGAAACUAGAAGUUUUAGUGAAGCAAAAUCUUAUUAUUCAUCUGGUGCAGCUUGUCAUGACUCGCACCAUAAGCGCCGCAGUGUUGCUCCUAAACUUUCAGAAGAAGAACGGGCUGCUAAGCUGCGAGAGAUGCAAGUGGAUGCCGAGUUGCAUGAAGAACAAAGGUGGAAGCGUUUGAGGAAGGCCGAGGAGGACGAUGUACGGGAAGCUACCCAUAGUAGCAUAUCUGGUGGCAGGAACUUCCUGGAUGCAGCUCAGAGAAGUGUGUAUGGUACUGAGAAGGGGGGAAGCUCAACCAUUGAGGAGAGUGUCCGUCGUCGAGCACAUUAUUCACAAGGAAGAUCUGAAGCAGGUCAUGGAAAUGCUUUUCGGCGAUGAUCCACUCGUAUUCACAUUUACUUUGUUGGCAGUUAUAAAAUUUCCAGGUGUGUUCUCACCUUUGUAGUUAAAUAUCCAAUUCCACAACAUUGAACAUUGUAAGUUACAUUUUCCUUGAAGAAAAAUAUAUAAAACUACUCUUUCCCUUUUCUGA